AUGGGCCAGGCGACGCAGGCUCUCGACGUGGACUUGCAGGAGUUCAAGGGGAGGAUCAAGGCCAUCAAGGACAGAGGCUGGCACGCUGCGCGGCGGCUCGCGCUCGCGCUGGUCGACGCGGAGCCCAGCGCGGCCUCGCGGCGGGUAGAGAUGGCGGCCGGGCGCGGGGCGCGCGCCGAGCUGAGGCGCCAGGAGCUGUGGUCGAGGCCCCUGCAGAAGAAGACAUCCUUCGUGGGGCUCGGCCAGGGGCGAGCGGGGGCCGGGCCAGCGCGCCGCGCGACGCCGGCGCCGGACUCGCCGACGGAGCCGGGCCCCCAGCGGCCCGCAGCAUCCAGCGGCCCAGCGUUCAAGCAGCUGCAGGCGCGGCACCCUCGACUUGCAAACGAGAGCAGCAAGGGCUACGCCAGCAGGACCAGCAAAUUGAAGGCGGAGCCCAGAGCGGGGCGCCCAGCAGUGAAGGCGCUUCAGUCGCAGGCAGCAGCAGCAGCGUGGCCCGGGUCGAGCACGCGAUGGCGUCGGGUGGCGCCCGUCGCCAGGGCCCGGGCGAGUUCGGGGCGCAGCUCCGCCCAGCUGGUGAGGCUCAGCCAGAUCCGCGGGGGGCGCCUCAUGCCCGGGUUGCCGGCCGCCGGCCCAGCGCGGUCGAUGAAGGCGAUCAACUUGGCCGCCCCUCAUGUCCAGGAGUGGCUCCUGAUACCGUCGUGUCUCUUCAAGCCGGUAGCUGAGUGGCCGAGCAGGGUGCCAAAGGGCGCAGUGCAGGUGGGGAGCGACGAGGUGUGGUGCGCCAUCGGCGAGCACCCCGUCAACUUGGGCAUCUGCAAGCCCAUCGUGGAGGAGGGCAUCUUCAGCUAUGACGGGGAGCUGCGGCUGCAGGGGCCGGACUGCGUCACCCAGGUCACUCAGCUGUUCUUCAACAUGGCCCCGCAGAACGAGUGUCAGCGGAUUGCCGAGACGGACCUCGUCAGCCCCGCGCCGAGCUCCUCCUGGACUGUCACCGUCCUGGGCGAGGAACAGGCGCACUUGUGGUCGUCGUGCAACCAGUCGGGCGCGCCCCACCUGCGCGGGCUGCCGGCUGCGCUGCGCCGGCUCAGACAGCGGGAGGCCCACCGCAAUGCAGGGGUUCCGUGGGCGGAGAAUAAGGCCGCCGGCAGGGUGGGGCGCGUUGUCAGCAUGUGGGCCCUAGUGGACAGCACUGCCGGGCGCAUGGCGAACACCAUCGAUAACCUCAUCGACAUCGGGCGCACGGCCAGGUGGCUCCUGGAGACAGCGUGGGUGACCCACAAGGCAUGCCUUAUGAUCCUGGGGCGCCUGGCGCGGGCCUUUGUGUUCGGGCGGCCGCUGUUCGCCACGCUGAAUCAGGUGUGGAUUGCCCCUGGGCUUGGGGCUGCUUCCGAGAGCGAGGGCAAGGCGCUGGCCGAGCCGCUCAAGCUGCCGAGCGGGGCCCGCGCCGAGCUGCUGUCCGCCAUCAGCCUUCUGCCGCUCACGUUCACUGACAUCCGGGCGCCCUUCGAUUCGUUUGCGCUGGCCCCCGACGCGAGCGAGGAGGGCGGUGGCCUGUGCUACUUGACAGGGCCCAUUGAAUACGGGGUGGCGGUAGUAGCCAAGCACGUAGGCGAGGAGGCGCCCGCUCUCACCCCGAGGGGUGCCAUGGUUGCCCAGCUCCCGCCCAUGCUGCUCAUGGAGAGCUGCCCGCUGCCCGCCGUUGCACUCUUCGACCUGUUCUGCAGCGUGGGCGCAGCUUGGGCGGCGCUGCCUCGGUGCCCGCGCCGCGUGGCUGCGCGCGCGUCGUCGGUGAUCGACGAGGCAGCCAAGCGGCGCGAGUGGCAGCGGUGGCCGGGCGUGGUCGAGCUCGAGGACAUCAACAAGCUCAGCUCCCAGGGCCAGGCCGAGAGCAGCCUGCGCUUCGAGGGGCCGCGCGCCAUCGAGGCUGUCAAGCUGGCCCUCUGCGCGAGGCAGACCCGCCAGCUCGUUGAGGCAGUCGCUGGGGUGAACGCGGAGGACUCGCUCCCCAUUUCGCGGCAGCCGGGGGCCAAGCCGUGCAGGGUCGAGGCGAUGUACGGAAGCUUGGCUAGGAUGCCAAGGUUUUGCUGGUUGUCAUGUGCCCCGCAGCCGCGCACAGGAGUGAUUGAUGUCACCGGGGAGGUGAGGUGCCACAAGGUGAAGCUGCAUGUUGCCCCCAGGGAGUUCCCUGCCUGGGCCGAGGACGGCUGGGGCGGGCUCGGUCCAUCUCACGCGCUCCACACCGCUGCAAAGUUGCGCAAACAGGCCUCGCCGCCAGCGCCGGGCGCGGAUAUCAGGGGCGGGAGCGAGGCCGCCAUCGCGAGGGGGGCGGAGACCAGGUGCGUCUCGCCAUCGUACUACUUUGAAGAUCAGUUACUGCUGUGGAAACACCUCGCGCACUGCGUCGUGGCGCACGUCCUCGCACAGCUCCUGGUUCAAGAAAUCCAGCAGGGCGGGCCCCCCAUCUUGCCGUUCCUGAUCGCCGGCGCAGCCCCAGAGUCCUGGGGCCACGCGCCCGACUUCGAGUCGACGGGGGCGCUGGAUACGGACCUCGCGCAGCAGCUGGUCCUCGAGUACCUGGGGGCGUUGGUCCGCUCAGGGUUGCGGUCGAACCUGUGGACGCGGUCGAUUGGACACGGCCACCCGUGGCGCGAGGACGCCCGCCUCAAGGAGCUCGAGGUCGGCGCCGCGGUCAACGCCAUCAAGUGGAUGUCGCGGACCGCCGCGAGGUUCCGGUUCUGGCACCUCCACCUCCUGGGUUCGCAGGUCGCCGCCAGUGUCCGAGCAAAGGGGAGGUGCAGCGCGCGACGGCGCUGGCACUGGAUGCGCGGCCCCGCGGCAGACCUCCUGGCCUCUGGCAAGUACCCGAUGUGCGCCCCCAUCGAUGCAGACGAGAACCCUGCCCAGCCCUUCGGUGACGCUCGCUUGGCGCGGGUCACCCGCGAGCGCUAUAUGCUCGCCGCGCGCCGGCUUCUAGUCUUCUGGGUGCAGCAGGCGGCCUAUGAGUGCGUGGCCGCCUGCAUCAAGCAUGUGUGGCGCGAAGGCGGCUCACUGCUGGAGGUGGUCAGCGGUUUGGCAGCCGUGGCCUGCGUCGCGCCGCCACUCAGUGGCAAGCCCAAGCUGGGCUGCAAGCUGCAGAAGACGCGUUUGUGGCUGGGGCCGACAAGACAGAAAUGGGGUCCAUGGAAGGGUAGCGUGGUCCUAGUGUGCACCCUGGUGGCCGGGAGAUUGGUCCUGAAGGACUGCCUCGCACCCAAGCGCCCGUGA